GCCAGGCUGGGCGGCGUGACUGGCCGCGGGGGCUCGUUCGCGUCCCGAAUCCCGGGCUGGGCGCUGGACGAGGAGGGAGAGCCCCGCCCCGAGCGCCGCUGGGGGCCCUGCGAACCGGCCCUUCCCGGAAACCGGAGGCGGCGGCGGCCGGAUUGCAACAUCGCGCCUUGUGACUUGCAGGGCGGCCGGGCCUGGCGUGACUCGGGCUGCGCGUCCCCACUGGCGCUGCGGGGCUUCGGCGGCGGGCGAGGAGCAGCGGGCGGGAGCAUGUGCCGAGGGGCGAGGCUGGUGGGCUUCCUCUGCCUGUGGCUGCCCCAAUUGCGCUGCCAGGGCCCCCCGGCCGUCCAGCCGGAGCAGGUGCACCUGUCCUACCCAGGAGACCCCACCUCCAUGGUGGUCACCUGGACGACCUUUGACCCAGCCGAAUCCCUUGUAGUCUUUGGCCAGGCUCCAGGGAAGGCCCUUCCCCACAAGGCCAGCGGAAAUGCCACACGCUUCGUGGACGGUGGCAGCCUGGGCCGGGCCAUGUUCAUCCACCGAGUGACCCUCCGCGGCCUCCUUCCGGGACAGAGUUACGUCUAUCGCUGUGGGAGCGCCUGGGGCUGGAGCCAACCCUACGGCUUCCGGGCGUUGCGGAAGGGCAGCAGCUGGAGUCCCCGGUUCGCCCUGUUUGGAGACCUGGGCCUGGAGAACCCCCAGUCCUUGUCCCGGCUGCAGUGGGAGACUCGGCAGGGCUGGUACGACAUGGUGCUUCACAUAGGAGAUUUUGCCUACGACCUGGACUCGGAUAACGCCCUCGUUGGAGAUGCCUUCAUGCGGAAAGUCGAGGCAGUGGCGGCCUUUGUGCCAUAUAUGACUUGCCCGGGAAACCACGAGGAGAAGUACAACUUCUCCAACUACCGGUCCCGCUUCACCAUGCCCGGAGACACCGAGAGCCUCUGGUACAGCUGGGACGUAGGCCCUGCUCACCUCAUUGCCUUCUCCACGGAGGUGUAUUUCUUCUUAGACUACGGGGAGCAGCUGGUCGCCAAGCAGUUCCAGUGGCUGGAGAGGGACCUCCAGGAGGCGAACCAGCCUGCGCGGCGUGAGGAGCGCCCCUGGAUCAUCACCAUGGGGCAUCGGCCCAUGUAUUGCUCCAACAACGACAAGGAUGACUGCACCCUGUUCGAGAGCAUCGUGCGCAAAGGACUGAAGCCGAACCGUUACGGCCUGGAGGAUCUUUUCUUCAAACACGGGGUGGAUCUGAUGCUGUGGGCUCAUGAGCAUUCCUAUGAACGGCUGUGGCCUGUCUACGACUACAAGGUUUACAAUGGGAGCACCGCAGCCCCUUAUGCCAAUCCCAGCGCCCCCGUCCACAUUAUCACUGGAUCAGCUGGUUGCAAGGAGCGGAUGGACCCCUUCAUCCCAGACCCGCGAGAGUGGAGUGCUGUGCGGAUUGAGGAUUAUGGGUAUGCCUGUAUGCAGAUCGUCAACAAGACCCACCUCUGGUUGGAGCAGGUCUCGGAUGACCAGAACGGGAAGGUCGUGGAUAGGAUUUGGCUGAUCCAAGAGCAGCACGGCCCCAGGGCCUGGCACUGACUGGCCCUCCAGGCUGGAAGGUCUGAGAAGGCACCUCCAGCCCCCCUCUGGUCCGGACAGCUGGCCAGGGUUUCACCUUCUGAGGUCCAGCAGCUUCAAUUGCACUGGGAUCUCUGGUCCGAACAUGAGGCGGUUUCCAUGACCCCAGACGUGACCCCAGCUGCAGAGGGGGUCCAAGAGUCAAGAUGGAGCCCUUGAUCUAUGGAGAAAAAGGAGGAGGAGCUUCAGUGAAAGGGCUGCCCCGUACUUGCCUGCCUGCCCAGCCUGAAGUUAGGGUUAGCUUGAGAGAGAAAGAAGGUUUUCGCCUCCUUAGUGCAAACUGUCCCUACUUAACACUGAGAGGAAUGGACUUUCUGCCCGCAGGGCUGACAUCUUCUGCUGCAAAGCAUACAAAUCUCUCUCGUUCUUUUCAUCCACUUCUUGCUGUCUUUUCCUCUCAGACAGCUGUUUUAACAUCGUCAGAAUUGAGGACUUGAUUCUGCUCUGUGAUGUGUAAUGAGGAGCUAAAAGGGUCUUGUUUGCAGAACUGAGUUUGGGUGCACUGACUCGCUAUGAGUUUUUCGGAAGGACUUUAAAAGGUAAAUACACUGCUCCCCAGAGGCUUUUGGGGUAUGACUCCCAUCAUUAUCGGACAGCUGACGGCAAAUUAUGGGUUGUAGCCCAAAACUCUGGAGGAUGGCAGACCGGCCAAGGGUAAGAAGACUUAUGGGUACCCCAAAAAAUCAUGGGAUGUUGAUCUUCACUGUAGUGUUAAAGACAAGCAGCACAGCGUGAUUUUUAAGCAAAUAAUUAUUUGAAAUAAAAGUCAGAAAUAAAGGGAGACAAGAAAA